AUGUUCUUUGAUAGGUCUAUCAUCGCGUCGCAUCAUCAACAACAGCAUCAUCGUCCAACAUCGAAACACGUGGGAUUCGACAACGACGAAGAUGAUGAUUUUAAUCGUAUUCUAACAAAUUCUUCUGAAUCAACAAAUAAAAAAACAUUAAAGCGUAAAAAUAAAGAAUCUGACAGCAGUUCUCUUUCUGUUUCAUCAGAUACUGAACAUGAAGGAGAUCGAUGGUCAAAGAAUAAAGAGAAUUUAAUCAAAAAAAAUCUUGAUUUAUCAAAAUCAUGUAAUGAAUGUAAAAAUUCGGCUAAAGAAAUUGAUUUUCUUAAAGAACGUGGAUCAAAAUUAGAAAAAGUUUAUAAUGUUAUAAAGAAAAAUUCAAUCUUUGAUCAAAAGAAAAUAAUCAGCGGCUUAUGUUUUGUUUAA